AUGUCUAGGCUCGAAUACGGUUCAUUCGGGGAUGCUGGUAUCGAUGGCACUGGCGUCCCCUUCGGUGGUGACGGUGGGGGCAGCGACGCAGAAGGACCCGCCGCUGGCGAGACUUUGUCCCUAAUCCUGGAACUGAACACUGAAAAGAAUGAACGUAACAAGAAAGGACUUGAAAAAUAUUAUACAAAACCGAGAGACGCUGGAGCUUUCUACGGACCAAAGAAGUUUCACGACGCUCUGAAGAGACGUGGUUUACAAACGUACAAGUUAAAAGCGGUAACACAGUGGUUGAACGACGAAGAUGCGUACAGUCUUCACAAACCAGUGAACCGUUCAUUCAAGCGUCUCCGAGUACGGGUUAACAAAAAAGAUGAGAUGUUUGACAUGGAUUUAAUGGACGUCAGCCGCCAUUCAAAAGACAACGAUGGAGUUAGGUACUUGCUUAUAGCUAUUGACAUUCUUUCGAGAUACCUGUGGGCCAUACCCCUUGUAAACAAGAAACCGGAGACGGUGUUAGAAGGAUUCAAAACAAUUUUAAAAGACAAACGUAUACCCAAGAAAGUUCGGGUAGACAAAGGUACAGAGUUCGCAGGUGUAUUCAAGCAGUUUCUAUCAAAAGAAAACAUUAAACUGAUUGUCACGCAGAAUGAAGAUAUCAAAAGUAACUUCGCAGAACGAAUAAUUAGGACGCUUCGGGGCCUUAUCGCGCGUUUUACGACUUACAACAAUACACAAAAAUACAUAGACGUUUUAGCAGAUCUAGUACACAAUUAUAACAAUACAGUUCACUCGUCCUUGGGACUGUGGGCACCGGUUGAUGUAAAUAAAGCGAACGAAAUUAAAGUUUGGAGUCAUCUGUACGUCGAACCCAUGGUUAAGAAACUUAAAGUAAAGAAACCAUUAGCAAACUUUUUAUUUAAAGUGGGUGAUUUAACGAGAAUCAGCUAUUUGCGUAAAUCAUUCACAAAGGAGCAGGACUUGAGGUGGACAGAAGAGUUGUUUAAAAUACAUUCUAGAAGUAGACGACAAAGUAUUCCAGUGUACAGACUGAGAGAUUUUCACGACGAAGUGCUGAAAGGUAUAUUUUAUAUGGCCGAACUUCAGAAAGUGAAUAAAAAUCAAGACAUUCUGUGGAAAAUCGAAAAAGUGUUAAAAAAGAAGAAGGAGAAGUCCCAAGUGUACUAUUUGGUUCGGUGGUUAGGCUGUCCACCUAGCUUCGAUUCGUACGUAGAAGAAGGAGAACUGAAAACUGCGUGA